CCGCGGCGAGCCCCCCGACGGCACACACGCGUUCAGGCCACUGGCUACUCAGCAUCACUCCGCCGGUCCACGCCAGACGCGCCAGACGGACCCGACGGACCGCGCUAGCGAGUCGUCGACGUCGUGCAAGAACUUAGCGCGUUUCGCUUGUGCUGCUGCUACACCUGCAAGGACUACAGGACUUAGUGUUUUUCGUCUCAACAACGACAAAACGAUUUUAAAACAAAGUGUGAUAGUGUUGUUAAUUUUUUCGCUCAUCACAACAAACGAACAAAUUUUAUUUUUUAUUAAAAGUGUGACUUUGCGUUUUUGUUUCGUUUUGAUUGGAUUACGGAAAACAGUGUGAAAUGUUACCGAAGGAAAAGCGACUACGCUCUGUACAUUGAGCAUGUUUUUCGGCCACAUGCCACCGCAAGUUAUUCGGAGGACGAUUUCAAAGUUUUGCGUUGAUUAAACAAGUUGUUUUUAUUUUUCGUUUCUGGACUGAGAGUGCAACACAACGGACUCCAAGAUGAGAAUUAAAAUGCCAGCAGUGCGUAUUGCCCAAGAUACUGAUGAGGGUAUGACGAAUGAUAAUCACCAGGACAUCCUCACGUGCGGGGCAUGCCAGAAGCCCUUCGCAUUGGGUGAUAUCGUGCGAUUCAUCCAGCACAAAAUCACCACGUGCAACAAAGAGAAUAAUUGCUAUCCGCACGCGACGGAUCGCAACGACAACGAUGCAAACGAGGGCGCGUAUCCACUAGCGGCGAUCAAUUCACGCCGGCCGAGUAUAUCGGCGCCCAUCUCGGGCAAGAAGGCUUCGAGCAGUGGGACGCGUGUUCAUACACCGCCUCCAGCCUCGCCGCGUUUACCCGCUCCCGGUGAUCUCUGCGUGGAUGGUGCUGCAUCAUCCACACCCAAACAUCGUGCUUCCUCGUCGCCGCUCACGUCUUCCAUCGAGGAUGAGCAUGACAUCAAGCCCAGUAUUAAACAGGAGCGGAUGGAUACCUCGUCCAGUGGGCAGGAGGAGAGCUCGUGUAAGAAGAGUCGAACGGAGGUGGCCGACGCCGAGUCCAAUACAACACACAGUGAACCGAGCAAUUACGUGUGUUCCACGUGCAAAGCGCGCCUGCACUCCGCAUGGCGUCUGGUGCAACACGUGCAGCAUUCGCACGGAGUGAAGAUUUACGUGGAAAGUUCCCCGACUAGUAGCAGCAAGUCGUCGAGUACCAGUAAUAACAACAACAACCAUAGCUCGUCAUCGACUAGUAGCACAUCUUCGGGAUGCUCAUCGGCUGGUGGUGCUCCACCAGUGCCGAAUAAUAUGCGACAUCUUUUACCUCCUCCUGACCUACACAACCCGUUUGGUGUUGGUAGUCUUCUUCGUUUACCAAUGCCACCGCUCAAUCAUGGACCUGUCCCACCUGCACCUCUAUUCUCUCGUCCUGAGCAUCACUUUCGUAUGGAGCAGCUGGGCAGUGAGCAAUUCCGUAAUUAUGGAUUGAAUCUUGCUGCCGCCGCUGCUGCGGUUGCCGCUAGCGGGGGUGUUGUCCCACCACCACCGCAUUCGAAUUUUCCCUCGCCCGCGGACCGUCAGCCAGCCGUGACGACCUCGCGGGAGCGCAGCACCCCCAACGCAGGGCCCGGAGUGGCCGCAGCGGCCGCGACCAUGGCGGCGUCGUUGGAACCCCAGCUGGAUUUUUACUCGCAGCGGUUGAGGCAACUCGCUGGUACAACCAGCCCCGGAGUGGCGGCACAGGCGGGCUCGCCGUCGCCCCGGAAGCACUCGCCGCAAGCGUUCGCCAGUCCCUCGCCCUCUCUGCCCGCCAGCCACACCGCCAACACCACCACCGGCACCAGCGGCAGCAGCGCCCAGAAUAAUCACAGCACCAGCUCGUCUGCUUCCGCUGCUAGUAGUGGCAACAACAAUAACAACAACAAUCCAGACUCGCGUCCUUCGAGUGUUUCACCACAGCAGAACCUCAUUAAACUGGAAGAGCCGCUUACAACCACUCCACGCAGUACGGCCACACCUGAUGGUAAACCAAUGUCACCGGGUAGGAAUAAUUUAGGAGAUGCCAUCCAUGCAUGCGACUAUUGCGGGAAGAAAUUCCGAUACCAAAGUAAUCUGGAGGUACAUCGACGUACGCAUACCGGGGAACUGCCCUACAAGUGCACGGUGUGUGACCACGCUUGCGCACAGAGCUCCAAAUUAAAACGCCACAUGAAAAUUCACCGUACUCCAGAAGACCGUACCAGUAACGCCGGGUCAGUUGAAACCAUCGACGGGGAAGACUCCGAGGAUGAAGACAUGGAAGAAGAAGAAGAGGAAGAAGAUGAAGAGAUGGAACCAGAGGAGGAAGCUGAGGAUCUUUCAGUACCCUCACAACUAGACCCAAAGUGUCAAUCAGCUUCCUUAGUCGGGGAACUCAUGGACAAGUUUGGCUUAAGCAACAUCGCACAAUACAGCGAAGCGUACAAACAGGCUCUCCAAGAAUCAGGGUCAGCCCUUAAACUACAAAUGAAUUUGAAGGAUCGCGAUCGUGACAACAACAACACCCUUGCCACCCAAUUCAAAAUCCGCGAUGAUUUCAAAGGAUUCCUGCCUGGCAAUCAACUUCCUCAAUCCGGUCAUCCAUCAUUGCCAAUUUUUGCACCUUUCAAUGACUUCGAGAUGUCAAAAAGGUUAAAACUGGACCUGGAUCGGAAUGAUUGGUGGAUGGGUAACAAGGGUCUACCAGGACCUAGUUUAGCUGGCCUGCAAGGACCUUUAAUGAAGAAAGAAUCACGACGUAAUGACACAUGUGAAUUCUGCGGCAAGGUGUUCAAAAACUGUUCGAACCUGACAGUCCACCGUCGGUCCCACACCGGCGAGAAACCCUACAAAUGCGAACUCUGCUCGUACGCCUGCGCACAGAGCUCCAAGCUAACACGCCACAUGAAAACGCACGGUCGCAUUGGAAAGGAUGUCUACCGCUGCCGGUUCUGUGAGAUGCCCUUCUCGGUACCCUCGACGCUGGAGAAACACAUGCGCAAGUGUGUGGUCAACCAGGGUAAGGGGCAUCUGCUCGCCUCGCUGCCGAUGCUCUCCGGUGAUGAGGAUUCAUCAUCAGCGAGCAUCCCCUCCAAGGAGGCCACAUGACUCUUCCCAUGGGGCGGCAUGCGCUUGCCGCCGCCCCCACCGAGCAUCACGUACUAGUCCCCGCAGGGUUGAAACUCGACACGUAACGAUAGGUGGCGCCACCGGUGACGGCCGAUAGCAUAUCGGCGCAGUGACGGACGAUGUUCCAUAUGCGUGCGGAGCGCGUGCACCAUUCCAAUAUAUCAAGUUGCGGGAAUCCGAGUAACUUUGUAUAUUCGAAUGGGACGCACAUACAAACACAAACACACAUAUACACAAAUUGUACAUAGACAUAGUGAAUGAGAGGGAUACGAGCGCACGCCUCCCACGAAUCCUAGCUCUUAGUAAAACUACGAAAAUCUAAACGUAAUUAAACGACUAAGUAAUAUAUUCUACCUAUUAUUAUAUUGUGUAAUUUUUGAAGACAAAUUAUUAGCACUUUUCAUUAUUAUUAUUAUUAUUAUUGAAUUAUUUGUUGUAACUGAUACCAAAGCAAUGUUUAAAUCGUAUAUUUUUUCGCUCUGUUUUUGUGAAAAAAGAAAUGACGAAGGAUGAUGACGAUGAUGAUGAUGAUGAUGAAUUUACUGUUCGUGCGUCGAAUGUGAAAUGAAUGUGAGAUUUUUGAGACUGACAAACGGCGGCAAUUUCGGACCGCCCUCCACGCGCCGUGCGGAAAAAUUAGCAAAAUUGCGGGGUCGGUCCAAAAAGUGCGCGCCCGAUGCCCACACGCAGCACACACAUUCCCGGAUCAUAUCAAACGAGCAAUCGACGCUGAUCGAGCGGAAAGUCGAUGAAAAUACAAAAAAUUCUGAAAAACGCGUAACUAACUUAAUAAGCAAUCGGCCAGUCUCCUCUCCUCCGCGAAGAAGAAGCAGGCGCCUGUAAAUAAUACACGUUCAUGUCCUCCACUCACUCUCUCUGUCUCUUUCCGUCUCUCGCUGGGCGAAAUCAAUGUCGAAUUUCUGUGAAAACGUUUUUCGAGACACACACGAGCAAACGAAUUGUACAAAAUAAACACUAAUUAAAAUUACUACUAUUACUAAAUGAUAAAAAUUAUUAUAAUGCAUAUAUGCGUAUUGAAUAAUAAUGAGUGUUUCUUCCUAACGAGCGGCGCGCGCGGCGAGAGAUCGACGCGAUCGAGGAGAGCGAAAUGUGUUGACACGAAAGAGAUAAACCAAAAAUCAAACAAUAAAUUUCCUAUUUCGUAAAUUAAAUAAAUAAAAAUGAAGCAAAUUACAGUUCAAGAUUAUGUAUGUACUUAAAGAAAUGAAUUCGAUGCAAAUUAUAUAUGAGAAAUGAUGAAACGAAACAGGACGAUAUGACGACGAUGUUCACGAUGAAUGUUUAGUUCAAUAAAAAUAGAUUUCAUGUUUUUAAAAUUUAAAUGUUGGUGUUUUAAUGAGCGGGCGCUGCUGAAGCGCGAGCAUGGAUCCUACUGAUUGACGAAUUGGACAAGAAAAAAAUUAGAAAUUAAAGUUUCAUUUAUUAAAAA